CAAAGGGCUUGCUAAACGCGGGCCGCUCAGCAACUCCAACUCAGAUAUGCGCUCCCGCUUUGGCGCGACCCUCGGCCGCAGCGCUCUGUGGCCGCUCCGACUGUCGCUGCCUGCAGUCCGCUCGCCGCUGCGUGCUCUGCGGCGUCCGCUCUCCACCGCGGCGCUUGACGCCUACUCAAACACCGUCGUCAGCACCGUCGAGACGGUCGGACCGGCGACGGUGGCUAUCCAGGUGGCGGCGCCCGGUGCUACCGUGGCGCCGCCGGGCGCGCCACCGGGCGAGGGCGCGCCAGGCGGCUCGCAGGGCAGCGGUGUCAUCAUCACGCCCGACGGCUACCUUCUGAGCAACGCGCACGUCGUCGGCGACGCGUCAGAGAUGAGCGUGACGCUGACCGACGGCCGCGUGUUGCGAGGCACGACGGUGGGGCGGGACGUGGCGACGGACCUUGCGCUCGUCCGGCUGCAGACGCCGGGCUCAGUGCCGUUUGCCACGCUCGGUGACUCGGAGGCGCUGCGGGUGGGGCAGCUCGUGGUGGCCAUCGGCAACCCGCUCGGGUUCGCGUCGACCGUCUCGGCCGGCGUCGUCUCCGCCAAGGGGCGCUCGCUCCGCGCAAAGGACGGCCGGCUCAUCGAGGACAUAGUGCAGACCGACGUGGCGCUCAACCCGGGCAACUCUGGCGGACCGCUCGUCGACUCGGCGUCGCGCGUCGUCGGCAUCAACACCGCAAUCAUCCAGGGAGCGCAGAACCUGUCCUUCUCGGUGCCGUCGGCCACGGCGCAGUGGGUCGUCUCUGAGCUGCUCGCCCACGGACAUGUCCGCCGCUCCUUCCUCGGGCUCGGCUGCCAGCUCUUCCCCGUCUCGCGCCUCUUCCAGCGGGCGCACUUGUUCGACCCGCCGACCGCCGUGCAGGCAAGUGCCUUCUCCCCCCCCUCUCUUCGUUCGGUGGCGGUCAACGUCGUGCCGGCCGGGCCCGCGGCGCGGGCGGGCGUCCGGCAGGGCGACGUGCUGCUCGCCAUCGACGGCAAUCCGCUCCGCAGCGUCGACGAGAUCCACCGCCUGCUGCCGACGCCGGGCAAACGGAUCCGGCUGCGGCUGGUGCGGCCGAGCGACGCGCGCAACCCGAACGGCGAGGGUCGCAUCUCGACCGUCGAGCUUACGACGGAGGCGCGGCCGCACGGCACGUGA